GGGCCUGCAAAACCCGGGGGGCUCCACGGAGCGGGAUCUCGGAGGGGAGGCCGAGCCCAGGGAAUCAUGACUUCUCCACAACCAACGGUGGCAUCCCACGUGCCCUUUGCCGAUCUGUGUUCCACGCUAGAAAGGAUCCAGAGAAGCAAAACCCGCCCAGAGAAGGUCAAGCACUUUAAGGAGUUUUUAGACUCGUGGAGGAGAUUCCACGACGCCCUUUAUAAGAAGGCGGCGGGAGUGGCGGAUUCUUUUUAUCCAGCUAUGAGACUGAUCCUGCCGCAGCUCGAGCGAGAGAGAGUGGCCUACGGCAUUAAAGAAACUAUGCUGGCCAAACUUUAUAUCGAGCUGCUCCACCUACCCAAAGACGGAAAAGACGCGCAGAAGCUCUUAAACUACCGAGCGCCCACCGGGCCUCGGGGGGAUGCCGGCGACUUUGCCACCGUCGCCUAUUUCGUGCUGAAGCAGAGGUGCCCCAGACAGGGCUGCCUGACCGUCCAGCAGGUAAACGACGUGCUGGACUCCGUCGCCAGCAACAACUCCGCCAAAAGGAAGGACCUGGUCAAGAAGAGCCUCCUUCAACUGAUAACCCAGAGUUCCGCUCUCGAGCAGAAGUGGCUGAUCCGGAUGAUCAUCAAGGACUUGAAACUGGGCUUCAGCCAGCAGACCGUAUUCUCCCUCUUCCACCGAGAUGCCACCGAACUGUACAACGUCACCACCGACCUGGAAAAAGUGUGCAGGCAGCUGCACGAGCCCUCCGUGGGGCUCAGCGACAUCUCCAUUGCCUUGUUCUCGCCCUUCAAGCCGAUGCUGGCGGCCAUUGCGGACAUCCAGCAGAUCGAGAAGGCCAUGAACCAGAGGAGCUUCUACAUAGAGACCAAGCUAGACGGGGAACGCAUGCAGAUGCACAAAGACGGGGACGUCUACAAGUUUUUCUCCCGCAACGGCUACGAUUACACGGAGCAGUUCGGCGCCUCUCCCCGCGAGGGCUCCUUAACACCCUUCAUCCACGGGGCCUUCCGGCCCGACCUCCACAACUGCAUCCUGGACGGCGAGAUGAUGGCCUACAGUCCGGCCACCCGCACUUUCACGCAGAAGGGAAGCAGGUUCGACAUCAAGAGGAUGGAAGAAGAUUCCGACCUGCAGACGUGUUUCUGCGUCUUCGACGUCCUGAUGGUGGACGGCAAGAAGCUGGGCCACGAGACCCUGCGCGGACGGCACGAGAUUCUCACCGGCGUCUUCACCCCGGUGGCGGGGCGGAUCGAAGUGGUGCCGAAAGCGCCGGCCGUCACCAAGAGGGAAGUGAUCGACGCGCUGAACGAAGCCAUCGACAAGCGGGAAGAGGGGAUCAUGGUGAAGGAUCCCUCGUCCAUUUACAAGCCGGACAAACGCGGGGAAGGGUGGCUGAAGAUCAAGCCGGAGUACGUGAAUGGGAUCAUGGACGAGCUGGACCUUCUGAUCGUCGGCGGGUACUGGGGGAAAGGCUUCCGGGGCGGGAUGAUGUCUCACUUCCUUUGUGCGGUGGCGGAGACGCCCCCGCCGGGCGAGAAGCCCUCCGUGUUUCGCACCCUGUGCCGGGUCGGCUCCGGCUACACCAUGAAAGAACUGUACGACCUGGGCAUGAAGCUGGCCCAACACUGGCAGCCCUAUCGGAAGAGAGCUCCCCCCGACUGCCUCUCCUGCGGGACGGAGAAGCCCGAGGUCUACAUCGAGCCCUGCCACUCGGUCAUCGUCCAGGUGAAGGCCGCGGAGAUCGUCGGCAGCGACAUGUACAGCACGGACUGCACGCUGCGCUUCCCUCGGAUCGAGAAGAUCCGGGAGGACAAAGCGUGGCAUGAGUGCACGACCGUGGAAGAGCUGGAACGGCUCCGCGGCAGGGCCUCCGGGAAGCUGGCCUCCAGGCACUUCCCCGCCGAGGACGGGGAGCCGCAGGGGAAGAAGCGGAGGGCUGCCCCGAGGGCCAAGAGGCCGCUCGGGGUCGUCGAGCACCGGAAGGCCCCGGACCUGGCCGGCGUCCGCCGGAUCUCGGACGUCUUCGAGGAGGUGGAGUUCUGCGUCAUGAGCGGGACGGGCAGCCACCCGAAGGCCGACCUGGAGAACCGGAUAGCGGAGCUGGGCGGGUACGUGGUGCAGAACCCGGGGCCGGACACCUACUGCGUCAUCGCCGGCACCGAGAACGUCAGGGUGAGGAACGUCAUCUCCUCCAACGGGCACGACGUGGUCAGGCCCCAGUGGCUCCUGGAGUGCUUCGAGGCCAAGCGGUGUCUGCCUUGGCAGCCGCGCUUCAUGGUCCACAUGGCUCCGGCUACGGAGCGGCACUUUGCCCGCGAGUACGACCGCUACGGGGACAGCUAUUUCGCCGACACCAGCCCGGACCAGCUGAAGGAACUCUUUUCGGGAAUGAAAGACGUCCCGGAGCGGGGGCUCCGGGAAAUGGCCCCCGUGAUCGCCGACUUGGAAGACCGCUACGCGUGGGACAGCCACCCCCUCUGCCUGUUCCGACGCCACACGGUCUACGUGGACCUUUACGCUGCCGUCGGCCAGCCCGGCACCGAGGUCCGGGGGACGGGGCUGGCCACCGUGGCCUUGGAACUGCGGUUCCACGGCGCGAUCGUCGUUGCCCGUCUGCGAGAAGGGGUCUCCCACGUGAUCGUCGGGGAAGACCAGAGCCGAGUCAGGGAACUUAAGGCCUUCCGGAGGACCCUCCAGAAAAAAUACAAAAUCCUCCAGGACCUGUGGGUGACACACUCCAUAGAGAGGGGCGCGUUACAGCAGGAAUCCCGGUACUUGAUUUAAAGUCAUCGGCUUUCCCGGUAAAUGCGGGAUCUCGGCUUACCCGGAACCUCCGGACGUGUGCGAGGGCGCACGGAAAACCAAAGACGGCUCUUAUUAUUUAUUUCACGUCUGGGAUGUUUGCCUGUCCCUCAAAACCUACGCUUAAAGGGCAUUAUUAGACAUAGUAAAACAGUAAUUUUAAAGUCCUGGAAUCGAAAGGAAGCUGGGCGGGGUAAAAGCGAGGAGGUAAAUAUCCGUCCAGUGGGAUUUUAUGGCCAAAAGGGAGACGCGAAGGCUGUUUGUUCAGCAAAGAGGAGAAACCCGUCACCUAAGAGACCCAGUGGCUUUAAUUAAAUGUUAAGCAUUAAAAACUACACAGGGCUAACUCCAAAUGCAUUUUUAAUGAUUUUUCUGAAGUCAUUUUGCCAUUUAAGACUAACAGCUCUGCCUUGAUGAAGUGUUUGAGCUAAAGAGAGUGAAUAACUGUCCAUGUUUUUAAAGUAAAAAUUUUAUCAUAAUCGGCCUCAAGUAAUAACCGCAGUUUUCUAUCAGAUAAUCAAUACGGAACAGGUAUUAACAAAUCUAAACUGAUCUGGCACCGUUUUAAAAACAACUGGCUGUGAUCAUCAGUUACUUUAGGAUCCCAGGAGGCAGAAUUAAUAUUUUAGAUGCGUAAUGUUAAAGAUUAAAAAAUGACUUGGUUUUAAAAUGAAUAGUGCAUAGUUUUAAUAAGGUCAUGCCAAGGAUUUCAACAAGAUAUAUUUAAUGGAGAUUGUACUCCUUACUGAUUUUCCUGGCGGUGCACUGUGAUUAAAGCUAAAGACUCUGAAAUCCCUUAUAACUAAAACUUUCUAGAAAGACGAACCCUGUAUUUUAUUUUAAAAUGAAAUUUGGAAUGUGUUAAGGGAGAAGGUGUGAAUAGCAUUUUGAUAUUUUAAUAUUUUUAAAUGUAUCGACUUAUUGAAAUAAAAUAGAAUUAUAUCUCCAAA